GUUAUAGCUGUUGUUCACUGCUGUAUGCUGACUGCUGACUGCUGCUUGCCUGCCUGCCUGCCUGCAUUCAUUGUUGUAUCAUGCUCAGCAUUUAGUUUAGUUAGUGUCGGGCUUUCGCGCGGUUAGUUUUGGUUAGUUGCUUUAUGAACGGGAAUGAAACAUCGCCACACACAUUAUGCGGAUGUACAUUAAAACCUCAUCAGCGACAAUUGCUUUUUAUAAAGCAAUAGCAGCAACGAUAGCAAAAGUACUAAAUUUGCAUAGUGCAAGCACGAAUACGAACAUAAACGAGCAAUAACGAGAAUUCUUUGCUUUUUCUACGUUAGUGUAUGUGGAGCAAUGAAAACGAGUUAAGUACGUCUUAAAGCCGUUAGAAUUGUUGUCACACUUGCGCCGUGGAAUAUAAUUUACGAAACGUACAUACUAACUAGCGGUAACCCAUUUUGUAACCACUACUUUUUUCUGUGAUCAGCGAAAAGAAAAAGAAAAUAGAAUAACAACAACAAAAAAAAAAAAAGAAAAGAGAAUAAAACGCAACAACUACACAAUUAUCAGAACCGGAACUCAUAUCUUAACUGAAUCAAAAUAAAGUAAAGAAAAAACGUGAAAAAUUUUUGCAAGAAAUUCUCAAUGAAAUGUUGAUUCGACUUUUUUGUUAUUGUUGCUCGUUCACUUACUUGUAACAUCAUAUAGUUUUUGUGGCUAGAAUAUUUCACAAAACAAAAAACAAAAAAAAAACCACAAGAUCGCGCGAAAUUGAAUAUCGUCGUCGUUCGUUGUGCCUGGAAUAGGGAGAAAUAGAAGAAGAAGAGGUGCAUGAGGAGAGGAUAAGAAAAGAAAAGAAAAACCGAAACAAAUUGUCAUUUAUAGUAAAAUCAGACACAAUAAAACGAGUUUUAGAUGAAAAAUAUUAAGCAUAAAUUAAGUUGAAUCUAUAAACAAACCAAGCAAACAACAAUCACACGUACCGACGCAUUUGUAUAAACAUUCACCUAUACGUCCAUACUUAUAUUAUACGAGUCGGUUAGUGAGUUAGUGAUAACGUCAGCUAAAUAAAUUAUAUACAUCCACAAAAGCUCAUGUGAGAUCACAGAAACAAGUAGAAGUGACCUACAAAGACAGGUUUUUGGUGCCAAUACAUUGUAACAAAUACACCAUCAUCAUCAUCAUCAUCAUUAUCAUCAAGAACUGCUUCGCCAGACCCAGUUGAGACAAAACACAAAACACAAAACGAGCUUUAGCGUAGUCGUAUAACAACCAAAAUAAAAUAAAAUAAAAUAAAUAUAUAAAUAAAAACGCAAAAAAAAAAGAAAAGAAAAAGAAAAACAUAAAAGCAUGGCAACAAAAACAAAAUUAUCCAGCGUGAUAUCGACACCGCAAGCCGCUGCAGUUGCCAAGAAACCGGGACCUCCAGUACCACCUAGACCUCAGCACACGACCUCAACUGCUGCUGCAUCGUUACUGAGAGCGCAACGUUUAAGUAGUAAAGCAAUAGCACCAGCAGCUGAACAUCCUCAAGUUCUAAAAAAGCCAUCGUUAGCAGCGCAUUGCGUUAGCAAUCAAAGCAGCUCAGCGACAGCCACAGCCACAGCGACAGCUACGGCCACAACUUCUACUAGUGGCAGUGGUGUUGGUCGUACAGUUAUCUAUAAAUCUCCAUCAGCAAAUUUGCAAAAGCGCCAAGAAGAACGUGAGAAACAUAACGAUACCAGCACAGUUGGCCAGACAAACGCAAACAAUGGAAAAAUAACGAAUGGCAUGCAUGCCUCAAAACCACCGCUAAAAUUGAGAAAAGCACCCGAUGUGCCCACCACCACAAAACCACACCAAACCAAUAGCCAACAAACAACUCAAGCAAUAUCAAGUGAUAUAAAACACGUAACAGUGGAAGAACAUAAUCGCGGCAAUGUUGACAAUAAUAUUGUAAUUGUGCAAUCAGCACCGGGUGUGGCAGCACUAAAUCGCCAUCAUUCGAUGAAUUCAUCUCAGAAUAAAGUUGAUAGCAAUCGUUCUCAACUUAAAGAUGCGCGUUUCAGUUUCGAUAAAGCAGACUUUGAAACGCAUGUUCCAAGAAUUCAUUUAGAUCAAUUGCAGCCAGCCAGUCAACCGUUGCCGAAACCUCGUAAAAUUGUUAAAGUUCCUGUUGCCACAAUGGAUAUGAUAGACGAUCAACAUUCUAAUGUCGCUACAAGUUUAUCUGUUACAUCAAAUUUGGUGGGUGUCAAUUUGUUUAAACGUUCGAAAACGACACUCGAUAAUUUUACAAGCCGUGGAAAUGUAACAACAAUCAGUACUGGGCAAACUGGUGGCAGUUUCUUGUCUGGCAAAACAGUGGAAAUUAAAAAUAAUUUAAAAAAUGCCGCCGAACGACUCUUUUCGGAAAUCAUGAUCAAUCAACAAAAGCAAAAUAACUCAGAUACAUCAAACACAACCAUCAUAACCAAACACGAACGUGCACUACAACAUCAGGCAAUAAGAGACCAAAAAGUAGCCGCACUUCAUAAACAGCAUGCCGUCAAUAAUGUUACCGUGGUCAAUACUGACAAGACAACAACAACAACAACAACAACAACAACAACAACAACAUCAACAUCAACAUCAACGCGAGCAACAUCAUCUACAAUAACUCAAACAAACAAUCCAUCGGCACAGUAUGGUAAUAAUUGUACACGUAUAAAUAUCUCGGCAAACAAUGCGAACGAUACGCGUCAAGUGGUUUCAGCCUUUAAUUCCCCCGAGAAAAAAACUGCUUUUCAUGAAAUGCUCAUAUCUGAAUUGGCUGCCAUGCGCACCAAAUCAAAUUCUAUGGAAAAUUUGCAAACAAAAGAUUGUCGACAAUCUGUAGAUAGAAGCACCAUGCUAAUGGCAACAUCGACCCCCAAAUCGUCAACGGCAGCGGCAAUUCAAAAUACGAUACGCAAUCGUUACAAUUCUUUAGAGGAUCACGAAGAAGAUGUUGAUGCUGAUAAUAUUGAAGAUGCCGAUGGCGAUACCGAGGAUGAUUUGUUAAAUAAAUCCCUUAAAGUGAUUGCCAGCAAUAAGCUACGUAAACGUAGUCCAUCUGGCUGCUCGUCAGAUUCGUCACCGUACGGUACCGAACGUUCGGCUCGCAUUCGUACAUCAGAUUGGAUUGAGGUCGGCGAUAAUGGCAAAGAGGUUACUUUAACUAGCUGCCAUAUAAGUUUAGAGGAUUCGGGCUUAGAAGAUGAGGAACGUUUAGAUGAAAUGUCUUCAUCGGGUGUGGGUGAUUCAUGGGAUAGCGUUAAAGAGGAGGCCGAACAACAAGCAAAACGAAAUCGUAGCGUAAAAAGAAUCAUGUCAAUGAACGAUCUGCCUCCGUUACCGAAAAGUUUAAGCGGUAUAAAUAAAAUGCUUGGAUCCGAUUCAGGUCUAACCAGUGAUUUGGAUGCAUUAGCAAUGACGGCAACAAUUAAUUCAGCAAAAUCGAUUGAUUUAAUAGAAAAUGUAAGAAAUUAUGAUGAUAUGCUGCUAUUGACGGAUGAAAACCAAAAAGAUAGUGAUUUAAAUAAUGGCAACAACCAGAACGAUAACAAUAAUAAAAAUAAAUUUAAUGAUACAAAUAGUAACAACAACAACAACAAUAAUAAUAAUAAUAAAAACAGCAGCAGUAAAUUGAAUAAUAGUAACCAGAAUAAUGAUAACAGUGAUAAACUUGCCGCCACAACUCAAGUGAUAACGAAAGCAUUAAAUGAAAUUAAUGGCAACAAUAUGACAACAACGAUAUCGGAUGUGCCACCAGCGAUACCCGGAAGUAAAUUGGAUAAUCAAAUUGCAACGUUGCGUAAAGAAAUGUUCGGACUCCGUCAAUUAGAUAUAUCGCUGCUAUCGCAAUUGUGGGCCCUCAAUGAUUCUAUACAAGAGUUUCGCACGUUAAUUCAGGAUCAGGAACAAGAAGAGGAAGACAUUUACUCAGCUCAUUCGCGUUCGCCGUCCCCUUAUGAUUCGGUAUCAUCCGAAGCAGAAGAUGAGGUUAUUACACUCAAUGCUAAAAAAUUAAUGGAGAAUAGAGGUAUUGCAACCGCAUCAACAGUAGCAACAGCAACAGCGGCAACAGCAACAACAGCAGCAGUAAUAACCACACAACCUAGAUUAACAAAAUCACAUUCAGUGGAGCAGGAGAGUAAUAAGAUGUGUGUGAAAACAUCAAAUUCCGAGACAGCAAUAACAGCAAGUCAACCUCAACUGAAACCACCGUUACCGAAACCGUUAGAAGUGAAGCCAGUACCACGUAUGCGUAGUGCACCCCCGCCUCCGCCAACACAUCGUAAAAGUCAACCAGCACCACCACGACCCACAUGAUGUUACCUAACCGACUUCCUUGCCGAAGUCAAAACGGUCAUGUGCAAAGUGAUUGUAGGCGAUGUUGUACGCGAGGAUAGUUGUGCCAAUGCUAAAGUAAAUGUUGGCAACAACAAUGCCGCAACUAUAACAAUUUCAGCCAACAAUUGUCUGACAAAUGUACCGCAACAGAUGGCAAGGAAUUUAGCUUUACAUGCAUCCAGCUAUCCCUAAUAUAUGUAGACAUUAAUUUGCUGUUUAAUCUUUAUUUUUCAUUUUUUUUUUUUUUUUUUUUU